GCAGUCGUUACGUCAGUUGAGACAGACGCGAUGUCCGACGCUGCAGCUGCUGCUACGCGAUCCACAGGAGAGCCGGGGUUAAACGCUCACAUUCAUCAAGACCUGAACCCUGUCUUGUCUUGACUUGUCCUGACGUGAUGUGACACUUUUCAUGACGGGCAUCACGUCGCCGUUCGCCGAGCACGCACCCGGGCGCUGGACAGACUCAGAGAGACGCUGGCAUGCAGAACACUGUGGUUUUGGAUGGCUCUGUUUCUGGCACUGGAACGUUUUAGACGUGUGGGACGUGCUGUCCAGAAACAGAGAAUCUUGCUCAUGGGUGGAGCUCGAGCUGAACAUGAACGCAUCCGCCACAUCGCAGGCCGCCGCCCCCCCGGGAGCGCCCAGCUUGUCCCAAGUCGUCGAAGAAGUGGAAGAGAUCGUCGGGGGGCUGGAACACGUACCUUCUUCUUCCUCCAUCCAUAACGGGGACAUGGAGAAGAUCCUGCUGGACGCACAGCACGAGUCCAGCCGCAGCAACUCCUCCUGCGACAGUCCACCACGACCCCCCAGCCCUCAGGAUGAAGGUCAGAUCAGCUUCGACGUGGACAGAGGAGAAAACCAGGAGGCGCUGGAGAAGUUGAGGGAUGAUGAGAUUCUGAUGAAGGACUCGGACUGGGUGGCCGACUGGUCCAGCAGACCCGAGAACGUUCCUCCCAAGGAAUUUCAGUUCCGACAUCCUCGACGAAGCGUCACACUCAGCAUGCGCAAAACUGGAGCCAUGAAGAAAGGAGGGAUCUUCUCCGCCGAGUUCCUCAGAGUGUUCCUCCCCUCACUGCUGCUCUCACACUUACUGGUCCUGGGGCUCGGGGUGUAUAUCGGGAAGAGGUUGACGACGCCCCCUGCCAGCUCCUUUUAAGCAUCAAGGCCUCAGCCGUGGCUCGUGUGGAUUUAAGAGAAUGUCGCAGUUUGUACCAGAAACCCAGCCCCCUGCUCACCCCAUAAUCACCUCCUGUUUUUUUUUUUUUUCUCUCUUAUUCAUCUCUCCUUUUAUAUUGGUGCAGUCUGUUCCUGCAUUGGCUGCGUGAUGGAAAGUGCCAUAAGAGACCAGGAGACAGAUAGACGCUUCGAUUAUAAUUUUUUUCCUCUUUUCUGUACUUUAUUGUCCUGAGUGAUUAAGAGUUGUGUCGUGGUGGUGAAUACAGAGGAGGAGGUGGAGUUUAACCCGAACACGUGAGUGAGAGCCAUGAGUUACUGAAGGGUGGACGAACUGAUCCUGAAAAUAUUCCAGGCAUAUUUAAAAAAUAAUUAAAUGAAGAAGAAAAAGAAUAAGUAAUCAGUUCAAGUAAAAACAUCAGCAUGAGUUUAUCUUAUUGUAGAUUUUCCUUUAUAGCUAAGUGAGAUAUCUCAGAAUUAUUCAACCAUAUGAAUUUAUCUUUUAAACGUAAAAUAUUUGACUCCAUUUGCAGGCCAGCGAUUAAAACAAUUAACAUUUCUGCAUAAAAAGAAUAUAUUAUUAUGAUUAUAUACAUUUAUGCAUACAUGCUAAUCCAGAAAAUAACCUUAAUUAUCAUUAAACCAGCACAAGAUCUUACAAAAUUUUCUAUAACGACUCCAGCAGUAUUAACGAGGCAGAAACCAGACUAGACUCCACACCAGCAGAGUGCGCUGUUCUGCGUAGACUCACUUUAAAUGCAGUCCAAAUGAAAAAAAUUACUUUGACGUAACUUUAUAUAUAUGAAGUGACCUUUUGUAAUUAUUGUUUUUAUUAUAAUGUUUGUUUUAAAUUCUGAGAUUUAUUUUUUUUUUUGCGGAAAACACGGUACACACGUGUGUAAGCCCCAGAUGUCAUGUGAAGUGUGUAAACCUUCCAGCACGAUGUAUUUAAGUUUGUGUGACCCGAGAUCAGUGUGGGGUCAGGUCUGUGGCCAUUGUGUUUGGGGGGGACGUAGUGAAUCAUGUCGUUGUUAUCAUGUCUUGUGUAUUUGUGCUACUUUACUUCUUUUUGGUUUAGUUUUUUUGUCACUUUCCUUUUUAUUUUCAUUUGUCUUUUCAUUAUCAGUCAUUUCUUUUGUUCCAAAAAAAAAAAAAGAAAAAGCUGCACUGCAAGAGGCUUGUUGCAAUAAAAGUGAUUAAAAUACAGCUAUUAAAAAAAGACACAUUUCAUGUCUUUAGUUUGUAAAGAAACAUCAGAUCAGUGUUUCUUUAGGCAGUUUUUUAGAAUUAAAGAUCAUACUCUAAGAUUAUAUUUUUGAACUUACAGAUUUUAAUCUAAUGAAUUUAAACAUUGUGUUUGUGGAGAAACUUAUCCUCCAGAUCAAUUCUUACGCAAUCAGAGAGAAAAGGGGAAGAUUAGAGGCUUUUGAACUUAUUAUAAAAAAGUAAGAAAGGAAAAUAUGACUUUUUUUUUAAGAUUGUUUAAAUGUAUACUAAAUAUAAUAUUUUUAGUUAUUUAAUUUUCCGAACAUCUCUCUCACAGAACCUUUUUUCGUCUGAAACAUCAUGACCUCUGAUUUGACUUUUAUAAAUGCAAUAGCUUUUUGAUAAUUACGGAGUGCAUCAUCAACUCCUAUAAUAAAAUGUCAAAACAGAUUGCAGACCCUCGUCUACAUGUCAGACCCCUCCUCUAGAUCCACACCUCAAAAUUUAAUCUAUGUCCAAGUCUAAUAAUUUUUAUUUAUAAUAAAUGUUCUUUUAUGGUGAAUUCGAACUUGGUGACAAAGUGCCCUAUAGUCGGCGCCCCGAGACAAUCCAUCGCUGUAGUGGAAAAAAUGUUUUGUCUCGAAUGAGUUUCAACCAAUCAGGUUGCCGUAGCUGGAAGUAACUAUAACUGACCUUAGCUUUAAAUUGCACGACUUUACAUUUAGAGAUGUUCAGUUAAAGGUGUAUGCGGCUUAAAUUUUACUUCAAAGUAUCACACUAGAUGUGUGAUAAUUUAAUGGCUGAAUGUUUAAACACUGAUGAAAAUAUUUAUUAAGUUACAUUUUAACAUGCACAUUUUCCCCCGAACAGUUUUCGCAUGUUUCCGAGAGGCGUGCUUAGUCAUGUGACUAGUUCCCGUGAUAUUUGGCACAGAAACACGGCUGAGCAAGUAAAACAUUGUGCGAUUUGGCGAAAGAGUUCACAUAUAUUCGUGUAAAUUAAUCUUUUGACAAAACUUCCACGUGCGAUGCCAUUUUCUAUCGACAAUGUAACUUUUAUGUAAGUGUGCAUUGUAUUGUUUGUUUUUCUCCCAUUUCUUCACAGUCUCAAAAUCAUUAUGCAUUUUAUUUCAUUUAAAAGGAAUGAACAGUUUACUGCUGAAUGCGGAGUGGUUGGAACAGACGAGAGGGGCAAUGAGGUCGCUGCUGAGGUUGUUAAAUAAAGAAUCUUUAACAAUAAUAAUUAAAAAAUAAUAAUUGUAGGUGCUCUGCAGCCUGUCAGUAAAACGUUAGUUCCCAUUUCCUUCUUUAAUUUGCAUCAUUUUAUUUAAUAAGAAGAAAUAAAGGGCCAUAAGACUUUUGCACGAUUUUGUAACUCAAACUCAAAAAUUUAAUUAAAUCCCUAAAUCACAAAAUCUACUUAAAGGUUUAUUUUGAAUAUGAGGCUUCAGGACGUUCUAGGUUAAGAAUGUCAUUGUAUUUAGCAUUGCUGUUCGUGAGUCAUUAAGGUUUACUAGUUCAUUUGAAAACCAGAUGUUUAGAGAUGUUCUGGCUUCCAGAUGUAGACAGAUGAGAACUUGGCCAGAACAAACGCGGCUGAGAAUGGCAGCGAAAGUGAGAAUGGAUUCACAUUCUUCACCGCGACACGUCACUGCAUUCAGGAUUUGUUUGUGGAUAUUGAGCUAAGUUUACAGGUCAAGAUGGUGAGCUGAGGCAUGUAUAGUUUUUUUUUUAUGGCGUUAACAUGAUUUUACUCUUUUUAUUCACAGGUAGUGUCAAAUUAAUUGUUUGGGGGAAAAUUUAAUUAACUAAUGAAACUUUAUUCCACUCAAAGCAAGUGUUGUUCUUUAGCCGGGUCAUCGUGUUUGCGUCUGUAGUUUUGCUACAAAGCUAAUGAAGGCUAAUUGAAGCUAAUUGAUUUAAUGGAGAGCUGUACAGAGUUGCCCUUGCUCUGGGCAUCCGUGUCGUUCUGAGACCAAUCACUGGGACAUGUUUAGGUCUCUGGAAAACCAACCUGGAACUUUUCAAGGACAGUGGAUUGCAGAGUUAGAGAACGUUAAAUGUUAACAAAACUUCAUUAUGUAGCUGAACACUGAAAUGCCAACCCAAGGCUGUGUUUCUUGGGUUGUUUUCACGUUGUCUUUUUUUGACACGACGUUUUAGAAAAACCUAGCAUCUGUCCGAAGCCAAGCGAUCCCGACCAACCAGACGGCCUGAAAAAUCUAACAAAAAUGAAGGAUAAAAUGCAGAUUUUUAAAAUAUGGGUUAAUAUAAGUGAAUAUAAGCAGGUUAAAAAAAAAUUCUUGGUAACAUUUUUUAGAACUUAAAGACCUGCGCAGUCUAAUCGGCAUAAAUCUUUUGAUCUGUUAGGCUCAUGAUGACAAAGAACUCCCUCAUCUCCAGGGUUUCACCAAUUAUUUUAUUUCCUCUGCACCAUUGAGCAAUGUAGGCUAGUUAACUGGCUAGGACUGGUAAGCGUGUUGUCAUGGUGACAGUUGCGUGAAGACUUUUUUUGUCCGCGCUUUGUCUGAAAGUGUGAAAGCAGUAAAUUAAAGAUUGAUAACACACUUCAAUCUUUGAUUUUAUUUUUUAUCAAAUUUCUAUGUCUAAAUGAUUUGAAGCAGGUGUAUGGGCAAAGUGGAUAAUCGUGCGUGUCGCUAUUUUACUGAGGAUUUUCUUCUCCAAAAUUGUCUCCAAAGAUAAGCAGUAUUUUUAUACUUUAGCUACACUUAUUAUGACUAUCCUGAAAUUAUAACACUUUAUCUGUCUUCAGCAGUGUGAGACUGAAUUCACUGGGGUGUUCGAGUCAAACCGGGAUUUCUGAUUGUGCAGAACAUUUUCUCAGUCGCCAGAGCCAUGAUUGGCCGGCCUAACUCCUUUAAUGGCUCAAAUAUUAGGAAAUGACUUGGAUCGAGGUCAGUACUGUACAGGGGUUGUGAAAAAAUAACUCCCAGCCGAGUUCCUGCAAUGUGCAAGUGGUGUUGCUGAACAAUUGUGUGUACAGUGCACACAUAGAGACGGGUCUUUUCCACAUGUUGGCCACAAGUUAUCACAACUGCAGUGGUUCCGGGCCACCUCGGCUCAGGAUCGUCAUUCACGGCCUUCACAAGUCCCGGUUUGACCUGAACACCUCUUGUACAUAAUCAGUUUAGAAUAUGAGGCAGAAAUCUUAAUUUUUUUGACUAGUACAAGUACAGAUAAUAUAUUUUUAGAAUUAUUAUAAUUCAAAUGAAAUCAUACGCCAUAUGAAGAUUAAUACACUUCCAUUAAGAAGGACUUCCACAUAGUCUUAGGACCAGAGGUUGGAGGUAACUGAGUACAUGGACUUCACUUCAUGUAUCUGCACUUCAUCUAAGUAGUUUUAUUUGAUUAUACUUUUAAAUGUUACUCCGGUCAGAAGUGCAGCAAAUAUCUAUCCUUUUUACUUAACUACAUUUCUGCAUGGCCCAGCGUGACCCGACCAACAGCGGUGUGUAGUACUAGCCCAUCUUUGCCUAGUACACUUAGGAUUCUUCAAUGAGUCUUUUGGAGAUCAUUGGAUAAUUCCUUUCCUCCUGCUCUGAUGGAAACAGCUGCGUUUUCAGCUCUUCCUUUUUUCAUUGUGUCCUAAAGCCAAAGUGUGAGAUUUUGGAAACAUUUUCUUUCAUUUUUGUUUCUCCUCCUAACCCGGUGUGUCAUACUCCAGUUUGAUCAUGCUUUAUUUUCACCAUGUAAUAUCAUCUUUUUUUUUUUUACAUUUUAAUUUUGUUUCUUUCAGUGCUUUGUUUUGUAAAGAUAUAAUGAGAUGAUUUUUUGUUUUUGGUUUGUUGUUUAGAUUGUUGUUGAGCUAAAGAUUACAGUGAGGUGCUUUUGAAUGUGGAGAAACC